GAUUUUUCAAAACAUUGUAAAUUGUUUUUCAGGCUUCACGUCUUUUUUUAAAGAUUGCUGGCAUCUCUGUAAACUGUAAGCAAAAUUUGAAUAAACGCACCAAACGCACAGGGCAAGCCACAUAACAAACAAAUUGUUUUGUCGAAAAACAAAACUAAUUCAAAGUGUGCAAAAUGUUAGGCGAAAAUAUAACUGUUCUCCUCUAUAAAGUAUUUCCCGUACUUGAAAAUAAGAUUCAAAUUCUUCCGAUCACGGACCAAAACAUCUCCCGGCUAGCGACCGAGUUUAACCAAACCCAGCUGUUACCAGUCAUAUAUGAAACCAUAUUCAUCAAAAUCGAUCGACUUCUUCGCCAUGAAACAGUUCCACGGUUUUGGCAGAGCUUUGAUCUUUCCUCUAGAAAUUCAUUCCAAAGCCCUAGGAAAACGAAUAGAGAUUUUUUCCGGUUUCAGCAUGCUGUUCAGACAUUAUACCGUCACAUAGGACAAUAUUACCAACAAUUGAAACGAUUGGAAAUGAUCCGUCAAAUUGUACCGGUUCCAGAGCACUUAACCAAGAAACCGAGUGAUUUAAGUGAAUUUUUUCGGAUGUUCCGAUGUGCGCUCUUAGCGCAACUACCAAAUGACUUCAAUAAGCUAGUGUAUGAAUUUUACAGCGUAGCUUUUAAGGUAUUCGCCUUGAACCAUACCGAAAGUGAUGACUAUAUGGACGUUCCGGAUUCGUUUCAAUGCACCGCUUGCGGUUUAGAAUCUGAACACUGCCAAUGUCAGGAGUUAGCCAGUGCCUUCAUUAGUACCAAUAGACAGCUAGCCGUAAUGGGAUUAUUAGACAAGAUUGCCGGUUUUACCCUAACCAUGCUUAUUCAUGAGCGUAUUGAUGCUAAGAUCAGUGAGACAAAGGAUAGUUUUGCCGUGUCCCAUAUCGAUAGUCUUGAACGUUGGUUAAACACAGUUGUGCUUCAGUGGUUAACUAGGAUUUACAACCGCGGAUCCCUAACUAUUGAACCAACGGAUAGAAAAAUUGAAGAAGCGAUUGAAAAUUUCCAAACGAAAUUAGGCUUCUAUUUGUAUGAAAACUACGCUAAUGCCAUUAUUGAUCAAUUUUUCGGAAUAAUUAUCGACUUUCCAAUGUCACAGGCAGCCAUCGAUGAUUUGAAGACGUGUUUGGAGAAAAUUGAUUUGAAAGGACAUUUAGCAAAGACGGUGAAGCAAACGUUAGAAACUAAACUGCUUCAUCCAGGAGUUGAUACGCCUGACAUUUUGACGGGCUACGUGGCUGCUAUAAAAACGUUACGACAUCUAGAUCAGACGGGAGUCAUGCUGCAAACAAUAACAGAACCGGUCAAAGAAUACCUGCGCAGCCGACCAGAUACAGUUCGUUGUGUAGUGACUGGAUUAACCGAAGAAGGUUGCUCGGACUUGUCGGAAGAACUGGCUAAAAGCGAACACUUGAAGGUUAAGGACAAUGUCAACGAGAAACUAGAGCUGACUGAUUGGGAAAACUGGAAUCCCGAUCCUAUUAAUGCGGAUACGAUGAUUACCAAGGAAUCUCAAUCCGGAAGGCCUUCGGAUAUAAUUUCGAUGGUUGUGGAUAUCUACGGCAGCAAGGAGUUGUUUGUUAACGAAUACCGAAAUCUACUGGCAGAGCGGUUACUUUCACAACUGGACUCAAAUCCUGAUAAAGAGCUUCGCAAUUUAGAGCUACUGAAGCUGCGAUUUGGCGAAACAUUAUUGCACAGUUGCGAAGUUAUGCUGAAGGAUAUUGAUGAUUCGAAGCGCAUUAAUUCUCAUAUUUUAUCUGAGGAAUCCGGUUUUGUUCAGGAACGCCCCUUUGAAAUAUCCGCUUUAAUAGUUUCGUCGCAAUUUUGGCCCACGUUCAAAAAGGAAACUAUGGAGCUUCCCGAUACUAUCAAACAUAUGUUUGACAAGUACACAAAAACAUUCGAGUCGUACAAAGGUAACCGGACAUUACACUGGACUCCACUGAACGGAAAAGUGACCAUUGACUUAGAACUGGAUGGAAAAAUUACUGAAAUGCAGGUUACACCCGCUCAGGCAACUAUAGCUAUUCAUUUUAGCGAGCAACGGGAGUGGGAACUGGAGAAGUUAGGUCACAAGAUGAAUAUGCCACCGUCCAUUCUUCGAAAACGUUUAAUAUUUUGGCAGUCCCAAGGUCUAAUUCGAGAAACGAAGGAGAACUUAUUUGUACUUAACGAUCAUGCCAGUAAACGAGAUUCUACAAUUGACCAAAAUGCCCUGCAUGCACCGGACGUUUGUGACGACGAAGAAGCGGAGAGCGCAAUGGAAUCAGCAAGUGACCAGCGAGAGGAAGAAUUGCAAGUUUUCUGGUCCUAUAUCGAGGCGAUGCUCACAAACUUGGAUUCGCUGCCUUUAGAUCGUAUUCAUCAGAUGCUCAAAAUGUUUGCUUCCCAGGUAGAUGUCUCUCAAGAAGAGCUGAAAAGCAUCCUUCAAAGAAAGGUCAGAGAGCAUAAAUUGGUUUACGCUGGUGGAGUGUAUCAAUUACCGAAGGCUUGACAGGUUCAGUUUCGUAAAUAAAAUAAUAUUUAUUAUGUUAAGAAGGUCACAAAAACCGAUCUAUGUAGUCUGGAUCUAGUCCUUCAGAACUGAUUUUGUUCUUCACUACUAAAACUGGAACACCUACCCGUACCAUUUUUAGGUACCUCUCAUAUCGUGGAUCCUGUUCUGUACUUGGCGGGUCUUCCUUCACGUCAUCAGUACCGCCGCUAUUAUUAGUUGUGU